AUGGCUAAAUGCACCAAGAAAAUUGGGAUCGUUGGGAAAUAUGGGACCCGCUAUGGUACCUCCCUCCAGAAGAUGGUGAAAAAGAUUGUAAUCAGCCAGCACACCAAGUGUACUUGCUCCUUCUGUGGCAAGACCAGGGUGAAGAGAUUUGGAAGGGGUUACUUUAGCUUAUGGUUUCAAAAGUUUCCAACUGUCAUGGCAUACGGUUCUUUCCAGUUAGAGGCUACUGCAAAGAACGCCCUGAGCGUUCUCGUUCCGGUCCAUGGGAGCACUGGAGCACGUGAUUCCCCAAGGGCUCAGAGGGAACUGGUUUCACCUUCUGAGUCUUUAGCGGACAGUCCUUCAACCGUGAGAGGAAAUGUGGAGAUUGCUCCUUAA